AGCCUGUCGCAAGUAGACGUCAUUUUUAUUUCAGGAAAACAUAACCGCUUCAGUAGUAGUAUUAGUAUGCUGUACGUUUCAUGUGCAGUAGUAUCGUAUGGACAAUAGUGUGUAUUAUUUUGAGGGUUUCUAGAAAGUGGAAAGAAGAGCAUGACGCUAUGAGCUGAGCGCCGAAACAAUAUUGAGAUCAAAGGCACCGGCCAGCGCGCGCGGUUACAUUUGUUGUCAUGCAGCGGUCUGAGAGCGGCGGAGGGGCGGCGACUUCUGAAUUCCAACUGAACGAGCAGCCAAACGCGCUCAUCGCUUGUAAAGUGCCCGAGGAUGUGUUCAAUGAGCACCAGUUAAAGGACCAGUUUGAGGCAUUGUUCCAUGCGUUUGAUCCGGGCACAUCUUUCCAGUUCUUCAAAAGCUUCAGAAGGGUUCGGAUCAACUUCACAGAUUCUCUGGCUGCAGCCAACGCCCGAGUCAGACUCCACAAGAGUGACUUCAAUGGAAAGGAGAUGCGGUUGUAUUUCGCUCAGUCCGUACAUGUUGGCAGCCCUCGUCUUGAGCCUCCUAAACCAGAGAAGCAGUUCCUGAUCUCUCCUCCAUCGUCACCCCCUGUUGGCUGGGAGCAGUCUCAAGAUGCCAAACCCGGCAUCAGCUAUGACCUGCUGUGUGCUGUGUCCAAACUAGGUCCAGGUGAGCAGUACGAACUUCACACUGGAACCACCGACACACCCAGUGUAAUCGUACACGUGUGCGAAGAUGACAGCUCAGGGGGCGAGGAAGAAACAGAGGGCGGAAAACGCGCACGCCCCAGAAUCAUCCAGACGCGCCGCCCAGACUACGUUCCUUCAGUUAACCAGUGAGUGGGUAAUUCCAGGCUAUUGUAACAGCUUGACAAACAUGAGAAGAACUGGAAAACAUGCAGUUUGUCAUCCUUACCACCAGGGGCUGGUAAGAGUCAGAGCCUCUAACUAGUUAGGCUCUUUCGGGCAUCAACCAUUCUCAUAAUCUCACAUUUCAUUUAUAAAUAUCCAUCACAGAUGGAAUCAGGGACUUAAGAAAGUUUCUCUUGUAUAAAAGAAUGUCAUUAUUUGCUUGAUGUCACAACUGUGUAUUUAAUUAACCGAGAGAAUAGCAAUUGAAAAUAUGAGAACGCAGAUAAUUUACACAAGGAGUUUUUUUGUGUAGCACAAAGAAAAUAAAUAUUGUGUCUGAUGUGUUCAGUGUGUAUAGUUUGGGGCCACUAACAUGUACUCAACAUCAUUAUAAUCAUCAUCUCUAAUGUAAAAAAAAUGGUUCACCCAAAAAUUAAAAUUCUGUUAUUUUUACUCACCAUCACGCGGUUUCAAACCUACAGACUGAAGUUUAGUCAUUAUUCACUGAAAAUCUUUCAAUCCGUCGCAGCUCUCAAUUCUCAUUUGUUCAUUCGCAUUCAAACUUGCCAUGUCAAAUGGUGUGUCUCGAAACCAAACGUGAUGUGCCACAAAUAAUAUGCAAAUGAGAUCGGAGAGCUGUGUCAGAGGGGAAUAUAAUUCUUCGUAAUUUCUACUUUUGUGUUCGACUGAAGAACGUCAUGUGGGUUUUGAAUGACAUGAAGGUGAGUAAAUGAUGGCAGAAUUUUCUAUUUGUUUAACUGUAAGUCAAUUAAGCACAUCUGUGCAGUCUUUGAAAAGUCACUAUUGUUGCUUAAAUUCUUCACAAACUCCAAGUAUUAUGCACUUUAAAAAUAGAGCCUUAUUCCAUGGUUAACAGACAACAUCAUCAAGUAUUGUCUUUGUAUAUUGACUCUGUUACAAAAAUCGCUCUGUUGUGCUCUACUGUCUUUGGAGAUGUUGUCCUCUUUAAUGUAUGAGCAUUUUAAUGUCAUCCAGUGACUUAAAGCAACUAUAACUUACUGUAUAUAUCUGAUGUAUUUGAAUGUAGCCCAUAUCUUGAAAAGCUUCAGGAUUUCAAUAAAAAAGGGAUCUCAUUCAUUAGGUAGCAAGAAUAUGGAGUGAAAAAGCCAUUUACCUACCUUUAAUAAAACAAUC